AUGCGGAUGGGCGGGAGGAGGAGGCGGGAGCUGAUUGGCUGGCCCCGUCUCCUCCUCCGAGGUUGCCAUAGCGACGGGAUGCGGAUGGGGGGAGGAGGAAGAGGAGGAGGCAACGUCCGCAGGCGGGAGGAGGAAGGACUUGUUUUGGGUAUGGUUAAGCAAAGAUUAGCCCAGUUUGACAAGUGGACAGACGGCCAGAGGAGGAGGAUCCUGCUGGAUCUGCUGGAACGUUGCUCCCUGUCCCAGCAGAAAUUUUGUGCCAAGCAGCUCCAGGCUCGAGUUCCCAUCGAGGCUGUGGAUUUUACCACGAGGCUCCCUCGGGUCCUGUCCUUGUACAUCUUCUCCUUCCUGGACCCACGGAGCCUCUGUCGAUGUGCACAGGUGAGCUGGCACUGGAAAUACCUGUCAGAGCUGGAUCAGCUGUGGAUGCUCAAGUGCCUUCGUUUCGGGUGGCUCAUCAACUUCUGCCCCACGCCCUUCGAGCAGGGAGUGUGGAAAAAUCAUUACCUGGACAAGGUGAAGGAGCUGCGCCUGAGCGCUGCCAAGACUCCUUCCAAGGACGAGUUCAUCGUUAUCGAUGUGCAACCAGUAAAAAUCAAAAUCCCAGAGAGAAAACAUCCCCUGGCAGCACAGGGGACGAGCAGGGGGAAAAAAGAAAUCCCUCCUUGGCGUUCAUCCGACAGGAACCCCACGGACACCGUCCGCUACAACUACCUGGACAACGAGCACCCCAUCGAGCAGGCCAGGCAGGGGAGGAGGAAGGGAGGAGGGCACACCCCGGACCUGAGCAGGCAGGAGGCCGAGAGGAAGAAGAGAGGGGGUCGUGGAUCAGCUCAGCUCCGGAAGGUGAAAUCCCUGCUGUCAGUCCCCGCAGACCCGGAUCCUGUCCCAAAGCCUCCAGUCCGUCCCAGCUGGGUCUGCCCCGGCCAGCCCGAGCCCGAGGCGCCGGCCCGGAGCUCCCGGGGCUCCCAGAGCUCCCAGGCACCUCCCCUGUUUGAGGCUCAGCCCUGGCCCAUUCCUUCAUCCAACCAAGGAUCUGACACGGAAUGA